UCCUUCCACUCUCAAUCUCAGAAUUCGGAAACAAUAUUCUCUAACGCUUUCGGGUUACAUUCGUGAAGAAAUCUUCAUACGCCAGUAAAAUGAGUUACCUAAGCCGUGUUUGGAUGGCCGCGACGGUGGCCGUAGCACAGGGUCACACGGACCCCGGUCACAAGUGCAAGACCGGCCUUAAGUCCAUUCAGCAAAACCGGCGAAGGUUGUUCUCCGCCGGAGACACGUCGGAUCUUAGACCUUUGUCUGGCAUGAUGGGAUCGGAUGUUCCAGGAGUCAUGGAGAACUGUGAUGUCGAUUCCCGACGAAGGCAAGCCGACGAUUCUCUUCGGAAAGUUAUGUACUUAAAUUGCUGGGGUCAGGGCUGAUCUGUGGCGCGAAAAUCGCCGGAGAUAAUAUAUGAUGAUAUUGAUGUGAUCCUCAUCGUGUUGACGGCUAACGAUCGGGUCAAAAAGAGGGGUUGACCGACUUUGGUGCGGAUGAAUGGUUGUUAGGUUUGAACUUUAAAGUUGAACUGUAAUAGUUUGGCCGAGAAAAGGUUGAACUGUAAUAGGUGGGGGAAGCUUGAUCUUGUACGUUGUAACUUAUAAACUUUGAUCUCAUAAAUUGAGAUUUCUCCGACCAGUGGCUGCACUUGUGUGGAUAACGAUAAUGAUAACUGCACCUAUUGCUGCUCCAA